AUGCGCCCGGGACCCGCCGGCCGCGACCUCCCCGGGGCCGCCUCGCCCGCGCCGCCGCCGUUCGCGCGCGUCGCCCCGUCCCUCUUCCUGGGGAGCGCGCGCGCCGCCGCCUCCCCGGCCCUGCUGGCGCGCGCGGGGGUCACCCUGUGCGUCAACGUCUCGCGCCUGCAGCCCGGCCCGGCCGCGCCCGGUGUGGCCGAGCUGCGCGUGCCCGUGCUCGACGACCCGGCCGAGGACCUGCUGGCGCACCUGGAGCCCACCUGCGCCGCCAUGGAGGCCGCGGUGCGCGCGGGCGGCGCCUGCCUGGUCUACUGCAAGAACGGCCGCAGCCGCUCGGCCGCCGUCUGCACCGCCUACCUCAUGCGGCACCGCGGCCUCAGCCUGGCGCGGGCCUUCCAGGCGGUGAAGAGCGCCCGUCCGGUGGCCGAGCCCAACCCGGGUUUCUGGUCUCAGCUGCAGCAGUACGAGGCGACCCUGCAGUCCCUGCCCCAGCCGUCGCCGACCGGGGAGCCCUUGGGACAGGGCUCCCGAACCGGAGAUGAGCCCCAGAGUGAGCCCUAGACCUUCACCCCUCGCGGAGGACCCCACCCGAGCAGGGCGCAUGGAGCUGGAGGUAGUUGCAGCGCUGACUGGAGGGGGUUUUCUGCUUCUUUACUGUUGCACAGUUUUCAUUUUCUGCUUCUUCCGGACAUGCAGCUCGAGUAGUUCUGUCUCCAUGGAUGGACUGCAGGAGUGUGUCCCCCGAGGGCACUGGAAGCAUCCCUUCCCUGGUCAGGUUUACCAGACAGGCCUUGGUCAGGAAAAUCAAAACCAUUUGAGGACUUUUAGGCAGGAAAGUAUUCAAUCCGGAGAGCAAGGCCAGGGAGCCAGGAGAUGGGGACGUCCCGGAGACCCACCCCGCCCCAUCCUGGCUGCCUGCCUCCUGCUCCAGCCAUCGGGCUUUCCCCAAACCUCACAGUGGUCCCUUCUAGAGUCGGGCCUGGGACCCAGACUUGUAACUACUGCAACACACAGGCCAGGAUGUGAGGCUGCCUCAUGCCAGCCUGGCAUGGGUGCCCUUGGGGCUCUCCACGCCUGUGCCUUGCUGCCCUCCCAGUCUCAACAACAGCACCCACCCCGGCUUAGCAUCCUGCAGCCCCGGUCAUGUCAGAGAUGCACCGGCCCCUGUAUGUCUGAGCGUGUUGAUUCCUCUCCUGGUCCAGACACCCCUCCCCUGCAUCCUACGGCCUAGAGACUGUACUAGAUUCAUCAGCAUCAACACCCCUUAAACAAGGUAGCAGAAGGGGAAAAAAGAGAAACUGGGUUAUACUGUGAAUUACAGGUAGUACAGCCCCUGGUUAAUAGGUACUGCUCUAUACAUAACAGGGCAAUUAAUAAAAUAUCAUAAUUAGUGCUUAAUAUUUCCCGUUCUUUCCAGCCAGCACCUCGCUGAGCCUGGCCUUUCCUGGUGAGGUGACCUGAGCCACCUCCUAAAGGGCCCUGAGCAGCCCUGUGGCCUCCAGCUCCUCCACCUCCUCUCAGCCCCACUGAUCGGCAGCCACGCCCCGGGGCUCCUUGAAAGUCAGGAUCACUCACUGCACCCAGCACAGCAGCCCCGACUUGCCUGUUGCCUUAGCGGCCCGAGGGGCCCAACAUGGUCAGGGUGUCUCAGCCUGCCGUCCAGGGGAACACGCGUGUCCCCGGUAGAAGCAUCUUACCUGGGAACCGAACCUCUGAUCCAGUGGCCCCUGGGUGGCUCAGCGGUUGAGCAUCCACCCUCAUCCCAGGGCGUGACCCCAGGGCCUGGGAUCAAGUCCCGCUUCGGGCUCCCUGCAUGGGGCCUGCUUCUCCCUCUGCCUGGAUCUCUGCCUCUCUCUAUGCUUCUCAUGAAUAAAUAAAUAAAA